AAAAAUAAGGAAGAUAAAAGGUUUGCGCGCGCAGAAAUCAAUGAGACGAAUUUCAAAGCAUGCGCUCUUUUAAUAUUCCGGCAAGAUACAAAGUGUCUGCAUAAAGUGUUUGAGAAGAAAUAAAUAACGCGUUAAUGAAGUGCUAUUAACCGAUCAGUGAAAAGCGUACAUGGUGCACCUUUCUUCCUCCUUUCCUCUCUCUCUCUCUCUCUCUCUCUCUCUCUCUCUCACUCUCUGUUUUCCUAAUCCUUAAACAAACCCGAAAUAAAUUGAAAUAAAUUGAAAUAAAUUACAAGUGUCCGAUCCAUGAUAAGGCAUGGAUCAAUAAAAAAAAAUAGAAAAUAGAGUAAAAAAAGUAAAAAAAAAAAAAUCUAUCCAGGAUAAUCUCGAUUGUUUGUUAAUUUUGAUCAUUUGAAAUCUAUCGAUUAGGAAUUAAUCCUAAGUGCGAUAAAAAUCAACAAAAUGGACGAAAAUCUCAGUCGUGGAUAUGUGCAAUUAGGAAAAGCAAGAGGGAUGAAUGAAUUUAAAUUCUCUAAUGGAUUCACGCAUCUUUCACCGCCGGUUGACAAAUGCAAUUUCAUCUAUAUGGCCUUGAUACUUGGCGGCAUAGGUUUCUUAUUACCCUACAACAGCUUUAUAAUCGCUGUGGAUUACUUUCAAACAAGAUACCCCGGCACAACGGUAAUAUUCGACAUGUCAGUCGUUUAUAUUACAAUGGCCUUUUUUGCAGUAUUUGCUAAUAAUAUUUUAGUUGAAACAUUGUCCCUGAACAUGCGAAUUACUUUUGGCUACUUGGUCUCGUUCGUUACAUUAAAUUUUGUUGUUAUAUGCGAAAUUUGGUGGGAAUUAUUUGGUACUGGUACUUCUUACAAUAUCAACUUAAUAGCUGUUGCUAUUGUCUCACUUGGAUGUACAGUUCAACAAUCGAGCUUUUAUGGAUAUACUUCGAUGCUUCCUAGUCGUUAUACUCAGGCUGUUAUGACCGGAGAGAGUGUUGCUGGAUUUUGGGUGUCGAUUAAUCGAAUUAUGACGAAAUCAUUGUUGAAAGAUGAACGCGGUAAUACAUCGAUGUUUUUCGUAUUGUCUAAUUUGACGAUACUAAUGUGUUUUGUGUUACAUCAAGUGGUACGAAAGACAGAUUUUGUACAAUUCUACAUAACACUAUGCCAAGAGAGAAAUCGCAUAACAUUGGAACCAACGGAGGACGUUGGCCUGAUGGAUCCGCUUGAUCAGGUGGGUGACCCAACUAAAGGUCAAUAUGGAAUAUUGAAGAUACAAACUAGUCCGCUGGGAACUGAUUCUGCCAGUGCAAGUACAGAUCUUAAUGGUACCGGACAAUACUCGGCAUUCUCUUUUAGUAAUCCGGUUUACGAGCCCAGUGCACCUUCUGGAAAUCCACCAGGAAGUGCUGGUCCAACUUACAAAGUUGAAGACGUUGUGGUAAUGAGAGGAUCUUAUGCUAAUCAAAAUAGCAAACCUUGGUCUGGUAUUAAAAGAGGAUUAUUAGCGAGAUAUGAAGUCUCCAAACUUAUCUUCCCAUACAUGGCUAGUAUCGGCAUUGCAUACUUUGUAACUCUUUGCUUAUAUCCAGGAAUAGUAUCAGAAAUUGUAUCUUGCAAAUAUGAAUCAUGGAUGCCAGUUAUUUUGAUGACAGCUUUCAACGUUUCAGAUCUCUUUGGCAAGUUAUUGGCAACAAUACCAUACCAGUGGAAACGUACUCACUUGCUCUACUUCUCGAGCGCAAGGAUAAUACUAAUUCCUUUAUUUUUGUUAUGCGCUAUACCAAGAAGUGCACCUAUCUUAUCAGAUGAAUGUUAUCCAUUAGUAUUUUCCUGGCUGCUUGGUUUAACAAAUGGUAUAGUUGGAAGUAUACCAAUGAUCCAAGCACCUAGCAAAGUACCAGAGGAACAUCGCGAGCUUGCAGGUAAUAUUAUGACUUUGUCUUAUAUAACGGGCUUAACAAUUGGUUCGUUGGUAGCAUAUUUAAUGGAUGCUUGCUUCGGUCCUCCUUUCCAAACUCAAUAUUUAUGCUCGAAAACAUGGAAACCAUCGACAACACCAUUAACUAAUACAACCUUAAAUAUUAUAACAAACGUCAUGUCUUCCACUGUACCUACCAUAGAGAAAUCAACAACGAUACCAAAACUACAACAAACUACUUCUAUCCUCACGACUGUCUUGACAAGUACUAUUUUAGCUAAUAGCACAAUUUUCACGGACUUUUCAACGACGAUCUCACCGACGAAAACUUUAGCCAAUAUUACAAGCUCGGUCAGUAAUACGAUUUCUCAACACUAAAAGGCUGUGUACGGUGUAAAGUACUUGUGUACUGUGUACAAUCUGGUUCUAUUCAUUCCUUUCAAUAAUUAUGUUUAUCAUAAUAACUAAACUAUUCGCAUAAAACGAAGGAGAUUUUUUUAAAUGAAUCAAAAAUAUAAAUUACAUUUUAAAUAUAAUACACCAGAUUGAAUGCACGCACAACACAUUGAUGAAAGUGUCAACAAAAUGACAUUCUUUGAGACGUCAUUACCAGCAUCAAUUUGUAGAAUGUUGUUUGGGGAUCUAUUCAAAGCUAGGGAUUAAAUCUAAAUAAAUAUUGAACAAUAUUGUACAAUAUUUGAAUAAUGGAUAAACUUGUCUGAGACUGAUAAUGAGACGAAAAUGAUGAUUCGUGGAUAUUUCUUUUUUCAAAACAAAUUCAUUUGAAUGUUAUAUGAAAUUAAUAUGUACCUUGUUAACACGUUGAAUAUUAUCUGAAUUUAAUUUCAAAUGUUUUCUAUCAAAUCGAUUAAAUAGUAGUUAUUCAUUUUAUUGUUAAUUGUUA